AUGGGUAACAGAAGGCACAAAGUAGUGCAUAACUUUGAGGCCCUGAGCACAGGCAUUUCGGGCCUGUGCAUUAACACUGCCCUGUCAAUUAGUUACAACAAUCGCCUCAUAACUUUUGGAAGGCCAUUGAAUAUUUCACUGUUCCUCAUUGACUUCGAAUCUCUCAAUAAAUUCAAGCUUCUGGGAAAUGACCCAAUGAAAGAAACGUCUCUCGUGUCCGGGCAGACGAUGUGCGCUGCAGUGUGCACACCAGAGCGGAAAGCUCCGCCGACGGAGGCCCGCGGCUCAGGCGAGCGCAGAGAGGGCGCGGAGCGGAGCGGCGGCGGUGACCGGGGCGACGCAGCCGAUUUAAUUGCCCUCUUGAGUCGGCGCUGGCGCUCGGCGUGCGUGGGGCGGAGCGGAGUGCAGCGGCGGCCGGCGGGCGCGGCGCCCCGCCACGCGCCCGCUUGCUGA